CCACCCACUCUUUUACAAAACCCAACCCCACGCGCCCAUUUCCUAACCGUUUAAACUCCACUUCCCAAUCCAAGAACUGUUUGUCCCCAUCUUCUCAAACCCCACCAUCGUUUUUCUUGAACCCUUCUUGUUCAUCAUCUCCCUGUCGAAAGCCACUUUGGCGAUGUUGAUCCAUUUUUAUGAAAUCCACACGAACAGGAAUCCAAGAAAACUACUUGUUUUCCUGUUUUUCUGCUUCCUGUUUGUGUUCUUCGACCCUCCUCUGGUUUUAGCCGGCAAUGUGAGUUUCAAUUUCCCUUCUUUCACCCUCCGGAACCUCACUCUGCUCGGAGACUCGUAUCUCCGAGACGGCGUCAUUGGGCUCACCCGAGAACUCGGGGUUCCGGCCUCGAGCGCCGGCACCGUCAUCUACAACCGCCCAAUUCCCUUUUCCGAUCCGGAAUCGAACGCCACAGCUUCUUUCUACACUAGUUUCUCUUUCUCCAUGACCAAUAUUAAUCCGAACUCGUUUGGGGAUGGUUUGACUUUCUUUAUAUCGCCGAACAAUGAGACUCUUGGAAGCACGGGAGGUUAUUUGGGUCUUGUCAAUUCUUCCCAGUUGACGGAGUACAAGUUCGUAGCUGUAGAAUUCGAUACUCGACUCGAUUCUCACUUCAGCGAUCCCAACGAGAACCAUGUGGGUUUGGACAUUAACAGCCUUAAUUCGAUCAGAACUGCGGACCCUAUCUCUCAGGGAAUCGAUCUAAAGAGCGGGAAUUUGAUUACGGCUUGGAUUGAGUACAAGAACGAGGAGGAUAAUUUGAAAGUUUUCUUGAGUUACUCGAGUUUGAAGCCCCAAAAGCCGAGCUUGAGUGUGGAUAUCGAUCUCUAUGAGCAUCUAAACGGGCCUAUGUAUGUGGGUUUCUCUGCGUCUACGGAGGGAAGCACCGAGCUUCAUGUGAUUGAGAAUUGGACCUUUCGGACUUUUGGGUUGAGGUCGCGCCUGCAUUCCCACAACGUGUCUGAUAGCUCGGUGACUGUGAAUUCGCCAAUUACUGUCUCAGAUUCAGCAAAGAAACAUCGAAAGAGGCUCGGUUUGGGGCUCGGCAUUGCUGGUCCGGCCUUCUUCUGUGUUGCGCUUGUGGCGUUUGGUUAUGCGUCUGUGAGGAAGUGGAAGGGUAUUAAAACAGAGAAGAGCUUCAAGGCAGAGCUUAUGGCAGGCCCAAGGGAGUUUACUUACAAGGAGCUGAAGUCGGCCACGAGAGGGUUUCAUUCCAGCAGGAUAAUAGGCCACGGGGCAUUUGGGACAGUUUAUAAGGCCUUUUUUCUUUCAUCGGGAACGAUUUCUGCUGUUAAAAGAUCGAAGCAUACUCAUGAAGGUAAAACCGAGUUCCUUGCUGAAUUGUCCAUAAUAGCUUGUUUGAGGCACAAGAAUUUGGUGCAGCUCCAAGGUUGGUGUGCCGAGAAGGGCGAAUUGCUGCUUGUUUAUGAAUUUAUGGCCAAUGCAAGCCUCGAUAAGCUGUUGUACCAAGAAUCGGGACAACGUACACCGUUAAAAUGGUCUCAUAGGUACAAUAUUGCAAUUGGGCUGGCCUCUGUUCUUACCUACCUACAUCAAGAAUGUGAGCAACAGGUUAUUCACAGGGACAUAAAGACCAGUAAUAUAAUGCUGGAUGGAAACUUCAACGCAAGGCUUGGGGAUUUUGGAUUGGCGAGGCUCAUGGAUCAUGACAAGAGCCCUGUUUCGACUCUAACUGCGGGAACAAUGGGGUACCUUGCCCCAGAAUAUCUUCAGUAUGGGAAAGCAACUGAGAAGACUGAUGUUUUCAGCUACGGUGUGGUCAUACUUGAAGUGACUUGUGGGAAGAGGCCAAUUGAGAAAGAAAUAGGUACUCAGAAAAUGAUCAAUUUGGUGGAUUGGGUCUGGAAAUUGCAUUCUGAGGGAAAGAUUAUUGAAGCAGCAGAUAAAAGGUUGAGUGGGGAGUUCAAGGAGGAAGAAAUGAGGAAGCUGUUGCUUGUGGGUUUGAGCUGUGCAAAUCCAGAUUGCAUGGAGAGGCCUUCCAUGAGGAGAGUCUUUCAGAUCCUUAAUGACGAGGCAGAGUCUGUGCUUGUGCCAAAGAUGAAGCCAAGUCUCUCCUUCUCUUCCAGGUUGCCUUUGAGUCUGGAAGACAUCAUGUCGGAUGGCGAAGAGUGCAAGACGCCUGGUCCAAUGUAUGAAAUCAAAGUAGAAUGAACCUUUGCAGGGUUAAUGCUGACUAGAAACCAUUUGAUUAGAAAGUGGGUGCUGAUAAAAGAAGGGAUCAGCAGAAAUUAAGCGAAGUUGAAUUGAGAAAUCUUACGUGGAUCAUGACCAUUCAUUUAGUCAUGUUUAGGAGAAGAGAGAUGAUUUACAGGGGUGAGGAAGGGAUGAUGACAGACGAAGAGAGAGCACACUCUCAACAAAGGCAAAGACUCUUUUGCUGAUGCUGGUUUGUGCUCACUCUCUUCUGUCAACAUUAAUUUCUCUCUUCAUCAACAGUUGAUCUUCAUUCUAUCCCUGCCUUCAUCAAUUUACA